AUGAGUCACAUGCAUCUGCUCUAUGCCAACAGCGCGGCACCAUUUUGCAAGGUCGUUUGGCGUCUUGAGAAGCUGACACCUUCAGCCUUGAUACGCCAGCAUAUGCGAGAAGGGAGACGCAUCUCAGUUUACAAUGUGGGGCACGAGCGCUUGGAAGAGCUGCCUUUGCAAGACUUGAAGCCGAACUGCGUCCCAUACCAGCAGCGUGGCUGGUGUCGUGCAGAGCUUGAGUGGGCAAAACCUUGGACCCUCGACAUCUCGAGCGUGACCUCAUGCCUUCGAAGAUUUGGCUUUACGAACUACACAUCCUGGUUUCACAGAAUGUCGCUUCCCAUGACGCCCGAGGCUUUUCGUGGUAAGGUUGGCAGCCAACAACUGAAGUUCACACAUCGCGGUGACAUGGAGCCUGUGAUGCGGCUGCAA